CUCUAAUUUUGUUGGACGUGUCACGUCAGCCGGUUGUCUGACGUUUGAUUGUGUGGAAGGAUUUUAUUUUAUGGGAUUUUUCGCGUAUAUCUCUAAAUUAGACUAGAGAUAUGCUUACAAAGUUUGAAACUAAGUCGGCGAGGGUGAAAGGUAUAUCCUUUCAUGCGAAGCGGCCAUGGGUUUUGGCUAGUUUACACAAUGGUGUGAUACAGCUAUGGGAUUAUCGUAUGUGUACUUUGUUGGAGAAAUUUGAUGAGCAUGACGGUCCUGUGCGUGGAAUAUGCUUCCACAUUCAACAACCGCUCUUCGUGUCUGGUGGGGACGAUUAUAAGAUUAAGGUAUGGAACUACAAGCAGAGGCGUUGUCUGUUUACCUUGUUGGGCCAUUUGGACUACAUCCGCACAACAUUCUUUCAUCAUGAAUAUCCAUGGAUCUUGAGUGCUUCCGAUGACCAGACAAUAAGAAUAUGGAACUGGCAAUCCAGACAGUGCAUCAGUGUGCUAACUGGCCAUAAUCAUUAUGUGAUGUGUGCACAAUUCCACCCAACAGAAGAUCUUCUGGUUUCUGCCUCUUUGGAUCAGUCUGUGAGAGUAUGGGACUUCUCAGGUCUUAGAAAGAAGAGUGUAGCUCCAGGACCCACCGGUCUUGCUGAACAUUUGAGGAAUCCACAGGCUACAGACCUCUUUGGACAGCAACUGAUAUUGCAGGCUGAUGCUGUCGUCAAACAUGUCUUGGAGGGCCACGACCGAGGAGUGAACUGGGCCUCCUUCCACCCAAGCCUGCCGCUCAUAGUAUCGGCCGCUGACGACCGACAGGUCAAACUCUGGAGGAUGAACGAUGCCAAGGCUUGGGAGGUGGACACGUGCCGUGGCCACUACAACAACGUCUCCUGCGUGCUCUUCCACGCAAGACAUGAGCUGAUCCUCUCCAACAGUGAGGACAAGUUCAUCAGAGUCUGGGACAUGACCAAGAGGACCUGCCUACACUCCUUCAGGAGAGAACAUGAGAGAUACUGGGUAUUAGCUGCCCAUCCAACACUGAAUCUGUUCGCGGCUGGUCAUGACGCGGGUAUGGUGUUGUUCAAACUGCAGCGGGAGAGGCCUGCAUACGCCGUGCAUAAUAACAUUCUUUUCUACAUCAAGGACAGACAACUUCGCAAGUUGGAUAUGGCAACCAAUCGCGACUCGCCCGUGAUGCAAAUCAAAGGAGGUGGACGCAAUCAGCCAUACAGUAUGUCGUUGAACCACGCGGAAUGGUGCGUGCUGGUGAACUGGCGAGUGGGAGACAACAGUUCGUACGAGCUGUACGCGGCGCCGCGCGACGGGGCCGAGCCGCCCAGCGCAGACCCCGCGCGGGGACAGGCCACCACCGCCGUCUGGGUCGCCAGGAACAGGUUCGCGGCGCUCGAAAAGAAUAAUCAGCUCGUGAUCAAAAACUUGAAGAAUGAGGUGUCAAAGAAGAUAUCUACGCCUACAUGUGAGGAGAUCAUGUACGCCGGUACAGGAAUGUUACUGCUUCGAGAACCAGACGCUGUGCAACUGCUUGAUGUACAACAGAAGAGGACCAUUGCCUCCGUAAAAAUAUCGAAGUGCCGCUACGCCAUAUGGAAUUCGGACAUGUCAUUGGUUGCCUUACUGGGCAAGCACACAGUAACACUUUGUACUAAGAAACUCGAGCAACUGUGUACGAUCACAGAGGGCGCUAGAGUCAAGUCUGGCGCAUUUGAUGAUUCCACGCCUCAACCUGUGUUCAUAUAUACCACUGCUAAUCAUAUCAAGUAUUGCUGUAAAGAUGGGGACUACGGCAUCAUCCGCACGCUGGACGUGCCGGUGUACCUGGUGCGGGUCCAGGCGGGCGACGCCGGCGCGCGCGUCGUCUGCCUCGACCGCGACUGCAGGCCCAAGGUCCUCAGCAUCGACCCCACCGAGUACAGGUUCAAGUUAGCGUUGGUGACGCGUCAGUACGACCAGGUUCUGCACAUGGUGCGCACUGCCAAGCUCGUCGGACAGAGCAUUAUUGCUUACCUUCAGGAGAAAGGUUACCCCGAGGUAGCGCUGCACUUCGUGAAGGACGCGCGGACGCGGCUGUCGCUGGCCCUGCAGUGCGGGAACAUCGACGUCGCGCUGGACGCUGCCAAGAGUCUCGACGAGCCCGCCGCAUGGACCAAGCUGGCUAACGCAGCAUUAGCUACUGGAAACCAUCAGAUAGUUGAGAUGUGCUACCAACGCACAAAGAACUUCGACAAGCUCUCCUUCCUGUACCUGAUAACUGGCAACCUGGACAAGUUGCGCAAAAUGAUGAAGAUCGCCGAGAUACGCAAGGAUGUCUCCGCCCAGUUCCAAGGGGCGCUACUGCUUGGAGAUACCAGGGAGACCAUAAGGCUACUGAAGAAUGCUGGACAGAUCUCUCUAGCCUACCUCACGGCAAUCAACCACAAACAGCUAGAAGAAGCUGAGCAACUCAAGGCUAUGUUGGAAGCAGCCAAUUUACCCAUCCCAGAACCGAACCCCGAUGCGCAGUUACUAAGACCACCAAUACCGGUCCACAACCAACAACCUAACUGGCCAUUGUUAGCGGUUUCAAAGAGUUUCUUCGAGGUAGCGGGCGGGGCGCGCGCGGGGGCGGACAGUACCGCGGUGACGGCCGCCCACAGCGACGAGCCGCUCGAGGCCGCCGGCGCCUGGGGGGACGACGACGACGACGUCCUGCAGGAGAAUAAGGGUGAAGGCGAUGAAGGCGAGGAAGUGAUGGAAGACGCGUGUGACGACGGAGGCUGGGACGUUGGUGAUGAGGACUUGGAGCUGCCUGAGGAACUGGCACCUGUUUCUGCGGAUAUAGACGGUGGCGAGGAGAGCUCGGAAUACUUCGUGGCGCCGACCCGCGGCGCCAGCGCCGCCCUGGCGGGCAAACUGCGUACUGCACACGAUCACAUCGCCACUGGACAGUUCGAGAUAGCGCUCAGACUAUUGAACGAGCAAGUGGGUAUAGUGAACUUCGAGCCGUAUUUGGACAAGUUCGUGGGCAUGUUCGGUCGCGCGAGAUUGACGUUUGGGGCGCUAGCGUCGCUGCCUCCACUCCCCGCCUCGCUGCAUCGCAACUGGAAGGAGGCCAGUGGGAGGGAUCUACUGCCUGUUGUCACCGCCAAACUAAACGACUUAGUAACGCAACUCCAGCAAUGCUACCAGCUGACUACGGCGGGCAAGUUCACGGAGGCCGUCGAGAAACUUCAGCGCAUCGCGCAAUCAGUUCCCUUGCUACACGUCGACACCAAGCCUGAACUCACCGAGGCACAGCAACUACUCAACAUUGCCAGAGAAUACCUCCUAGGUUUGCAGAUGGAGACAGCUAGAAAAGCCAUGCCGAAGAACACGCUAGAAGAGCAGAAACGCACGUGUGAGAUGGCGGCUUACUUCACCCACUGCAAGUUACAACCUGUCCACCAGAUACUGACUCUUAGGACGGCCCUCAACAUGUUCUUCAAACUCAAGAACUUCCGAACGGGCGCCUCCUUCGCACGCAGACUGCUAGAACUCGGCCCUCGCCCCGAAGUCGCGCAACAAGCCAGAAAGAUCCUACAAGCAUGUGAAAAAUCUCUCACAGACGAACACCAACUCUUAUAUGACGAACAUAAUCCAUUCAAUAUAUGCGGUAUAAGUUACAAGCCCAUCUAUAGAGGCAAACCCGAGGAGAAGUGCUCUCUAUGCGGCGCCAGCUUCCUCCCCGAACACAAAGGCAAGCUCUGCCCCGUCUGUGGCGUUGCAGAAAUAGGCAAAGACGUCAUCGGCCUCAGAAUCUGCCCCCUACAGUUCCAGAGAUAAACUUCAACAAACUUACCAUAUAAUAUAUACUUAAUGAUAAUGAAAUUAUUGUGUAAGAUUAUAGAAUAAAGUAUUGUAUCACGUUUUUUGUAAUAAUUUAUUUCGAAUAACAUCUCGAUUUAUACUUAUAGACAAAUUAUUUAGAUUUUAUUAUUAUUAUUAUUGAUUUGUUAAACGUCGACUGGCUUUACUUCCUUUGUUCUGAAACAUAAAAGCUUGUGUUAUGUA